AUGAAAAUCAUCCUCACCGGCUGCACCGGCGUCAUUGGGAGCGCAGUACUCCAGCAGUGCCUCCAUAACCUCUCCAUAACCUCCAUCGUCGUCCUCUCACGGCGUCCACUUUCUUCUCAUUUCUCAUCCCCAAAGCUAAAAGUGAUAAUUCUCAACGAUUUUCUCACCUAUCCCGAUGAGGUCCUGGCCCAGCUCGAUGACGCUCAAGCAUGCAUCUGGGCCCUCGGGGGUAUGGCGAGCAAAUACCCGAAUGUCGAGACAGCACGAGAAGUUAACAUCGAGUAUCCCCUCGCGGCAGCUGCGGCAAUAAUCGUGCACCUCCGCACCCAAAAAGGCGACGGUAGAAGAUUCCGUUUCCUCAGCGUGAGUGGGAUGUCGGCUGUGAGAGACAUGAAUAUAAAGCUAUGCAUGUUCAAAGACAGCCGGCAGAUCAAAGGCGAGCUCGAGAACCGUAUGAUUGAUCUUGCGGAGAGGAACCCGGACAGCUUCGAAGUAUUCUUGGCGAGAGUGGGAACUGUGAUUCCGAAAGAUAAUUGCACACUCUCUAUUAUUGGGUCACUAACGGCGGGAAUUCAGCCGAUUAUUGGCGCUGAUGAGCUGGCGGUGGCAAUGGUGGAUAUUGCGCUCAAUGGAGCCGAGACAGAGUUGGUCCUGCAUGAGGAGUUGGUGGCUCGAGGAAAAGUAUCCGCGUCUGACAGCGGUUAA